CGGCCUCGCCGACGCCCUCUGCCCCUCUGCGGGCAAAGUCAGCUCCCCUCUCCCGUGGCCUCCGCACCAACGGCACCGUCUGGCGUGGUGGGUGCCAGUCCCCGCUGCUGGGGAGGCUGAAGCAGGAAGAUCUGCUGAGCGCAAGCGUUUCAGGAGAACCAUGGAAAGAGGACUCCAGUCACUGCUGCUCCGACAGAGCCCUGCUGCCGCGGGUGCAGAACAUCCUGCGCUCAUUGCUCCUUCGUCUAGGACAGGGUCUCACUGUGCAGUCCGGGCCGGCCUUGAACUCACUAUGGAGGCCACGCUGGCCUCAGCCCCGCGUGCUGGGACGAUCGGCGCGCACCAUCCCAGACGUGAACAAAAUCCUACACGUGAUCAAGGAACUAAGAAGCAAGCGGGGUGGCAGGUGGGGCGGGCCAGAGACAAUCACCCAGGGUCUGCAGGGAGGACACAGGCUGGGGACAGGGCUGGGGGACAGGGCCAGCCCUUGCUGGUGCCUGCGUGGUUGCCUGGUCAGGAAGAAGGGCGCAUUCAGGAGUCACAGCACACUGCUGAAGAGUUGUCACAGAGCACGGACACUAAACCAAGAUGCGGAGAGCAGUGGGCGAGAAAGGACAGACACCAGCCAGUGUUGGUGCAGAAACAAAUUCCUGGGCCUCUUCUGGUGGCAGCCCGCGCCUGUGAGCCUGAGGCGGGAGGACCUGCUGCUACCAGGCUCAGAGCCAAGCCAGUCAGCACCACACUAGAUCUGGCCACCUCUGAAAAGGCCUCACCUCCACCCACAUGA